AUGCAAAAGGGCUUUUUGUUGUUGUUGUUGGUACGCUUUAUUUCUCUCUUGCUUUCCUCGUGCUGUGGGAAGCGCAGCGAAAGAGGAAAAAAAAUAAGGAAUAUUCAGCGUUUCUUGUUUUAUAUUAUUAUUAUUUUUGAUAUUAUUUAUUACAAGGGAAUGAAGAGGGUACAUGAUAUACAUAUUAUCAAGUGGGUAAGCAGACGGUCCGCCGUCACCUGCGCAUGUUUAGCGGCUCUGCACUCCCACUUCGGUCAAAGGGUCGUGCAACUCCAGCCGUCACACGAGAAAAGGGCCGUUUGUUUGGUGGGAAAUGACAUCUUUUGUGUGUGUGUGUGUCUUCGGGUGGUUGUUUCCUUUUUUGAUUUUUGUCUGCUUCCUAAUGGCAGUUCCGUGAGCGGACUGGAAGGUACGCAUUUUUUUUUUUCAUUUCUUCUUUCAGUUCAGUUGUUCGUUAAUUGCCCCUGUUUGUUGACAUUCACUUCUUCUUCUUCCACCUACACUCCUCCUGCCUUACCUGAAUGUCUUGACCACUUUCCACACUGCCAUUGCAGUGGAACUGAACUGUGGCCCGCUAAACGUGUUUCACACAUUUUCUCUUUCGGGAUGUUUGUCUUGUUAGUGCGCUGUGAUAUGGUUGCUCUUUCUUUUUUUUUUUGUUAA